AUGCUGUGCCAAGAAUGCAAGGCCGUGUUCAAACGGCCUAUGUCCCUGAAGAAGGAGUCUAGCCGGCUAGAGUUCCUGAUUGCUACGUUCAAAUACGAUAUUUCCCUGCGUGAUUUUGAAGCGAAAGCCAAGCGCUGCUAUAUCUGCCGAGGCAUCCUCCGAGAGAUCGUCAAAGCUAACAGACCUGAGCUACAAGGGGACUCGGCCCUGCAGAUUCAGUACAGCCAUGGGAUCCUGGCUAACCAGACAAGAAACGGGCCUUGGUUCCGAAGUGGAGUAAAGCUCGAUGGAUCGUUCCUCGCGGGGGCUUGGAUGCAUUUUGAAAAGGCCAAAGAUGAAGAAACGCCUAAUCUAAUGGGCGCAAGCACCGGCUCAAAAGAGAGCUUAGACUUUCUGAAAGACUGUCUGGAGAAAUGCCGCACUGAACAUCAGUCUUGUCCUUCUACGAGCUCCGGUGCUGCUUGGGUUCCUACCCGGCUCAUCCAAGUUGAACAAGACAGCAUAAGACUUGUGGACUCUUCUGAAACAACCAUAUCUGACCCAUUUGUCUCUCUCAGUCACUGUUGGGGAGGCGCUGAGAUUUUGAAGCUCACCACCGGGAACAUCAAUGUCUUGAAAGACGACAUUCCCUUCCUCGAGCUGCCAGAGACGUUUCAAGACGCAAUCCAAGUCGUCAGAAGCCUGGGCAUUAGAUAUAUCUGGAUUGAUUCACUGUGUAUUAUACAAAAUUCGGAUCAAGAUUGGCAGAAGGAAGCAAGCACCAUGCUUGAGGUGUACAAGUAUGCCUUGUUCAACAUCGCAGCAACUGCCUCGACCAACAGCUUCGGGGGUUUAUUUCAGGACAGAGAUUCCCACCUCGUGCAGUCAGAGGUAGUUGACCUCGACACCGAGGCCAUCAAAGGUCGAUUUCAUCUCGUGGACCAUGGAUACUUUGCUCAAGCUGUUGACGAGGCUCCGCUUAAUCUUCGAUCGUGGGUUGCCCAGGAACGCAUGUUGUCGCCUCGCAUCGCGCAUUUUGCAUUUGACCAAGUCAUAUGGGACUGCGCUGAAUUAACCGCUUGCGAGUCACUUCCUCAUGGUUCAACGGCCUGGUCCAGAUAUGAGGCAAGGCCGAUGACGUUUGGAUGCAAGCAGGGUUCGGCCUUGCUCUCACCUGCAAAGACCGUCGAUGAGGGCUUAGGCCAGUGGGGGACCAUUGUCAACACCUACUCUGCCUGUGGCUUGACAGUGCUUGGAGACAAGCUUAUCGCCAUCUCAGGCGUAGCCAACCACCUACGAGAUGAGCUCAAGAUGGAGUACUGUGUCGGUCUGUGGAGGCCCAAGAUGGAGAUACAACUCGCAUGGGUCGUGCAGAGUCUGCAGGCCGAUCGACCACCUCGUAACGAUCUUGCUCCAACAUGGUCUUGGGCAUCGCUCAAUGGAGCGGUGCAUCUACAGCAAGUCAAUAUUUACGAAGGAUACGAUGUCAGCCCACUAUGUUCCAUCACUGAGGUCAGUCUUCGUCGGGACACUGAUGAGCAUCGUGGUGAGAAGGUCUCUGGGUAUCUUCGCAUGCGAUGCGCUCUUAACCCCAUCACAAUCGAAGGCGAUUCGAAGUCCUGUCGAAUGCGGGGGAAGGGAAUGGAGGAGCACGGCAGAGCCGCUCAUGUUGACUCGCCUGACGUUGUCGGGGCGGAGCGGCUCUUUUUCGUGCCUCUGUUUGACGUUCAGGCGCCAAUGUCAUUUGAACAGAGGUGGAAGGUCAGUUCAGAGAUUAGAGGUAUUAUUGUUCAAGGUGUCAUGGGACGACCGGGAGUGUAUACGCGGUGUGGGCAUGCUUUCAUCAGUGGUGCUGUUCGCACCGACACGAGGAAGUUUGACGAGACGUACGACGCACUCAAGUCGCCAGCGGGGAAGGCUGAGCUACCCUGUGAGGAGUAUGACGCAGAUUCUGGUCAUCUCAUCAAGCUGGUGUGA